GUUUAUUCCGUGACCGAAUAUCUAUAGAAAAAAAAAAGUGCAGGACAACGCCAUAGUAACUUGAACUUUCCUAUCAUUCCUCGAUCUUUGAAAAGCUAUCUCUCAAUCUUUUCCUUCUCGUCAGCCUCCCGUCUUUCUCACGCGCAUUUCAGCGAACAGAUGGACGGCGGCCCCGUCUGAACCGCCCUCCUUCCUUCCGUCAACGAGCCCGCACCGCCCAACUUCCAUCCAUCUCCCUCGUUCAAUCCACGUGCCAACCCCCCUGCCCCUGAUUACUCGAACGGAAAAUCCCCAUUAUCUCCCUGCGCCAUUUCCAUCUUCCUUUCCUUCCCUUCUACCCUCUGAAUCCGAUAAUGGAGCGAGCCGGAUUGUGAUCCACCUGCAAACCGGCGGCCUCCUUUCCCCUUUUGCCCACGCACCCAACUCAUCACAUCUCACUUCUCUCCCCGCAAAUAUCUCGUCUUUCCUUUGCUGGAACCCUCUUGCUGCAUUCAUGGCGUAAAACCCGUAGCCCACAAUCCUUUUUGUUUGGAUCAAACGAUUUUGCUUUCUCCCCGUCCAAAUUGCAUUUGGGUAUUGAGAUCUGUUAAAACCAAUUAACCCCUCGCCCGAAACCUUCUCGAUGCGAGGCCGCCACGGAAGUUAGCGCGCCCAGGAUUCUGAUUGGGGUUCGUUCUCCGUUUCUCUUUCCGAUGUCAGGAGCGGGUCACGCAGUGGAACACCGCCGCCAACACCAUGGCCAUCACCAACAAGGGUUGCCGAAAAUGGAAGCGAAUAAUCCGACCCGGCCCGACCUCCGCAACCCGAUCAAGAGAUCGGGUCCUGCUGUGACCAUGGAGCAUGUCCUACUGGCUCUGAGAGAGACCAAGGAAGAGAGGGAUGUUAGAAUAAGGAGUUUGUUCAAUUUCUUCGAUGUUGGAAAUACUGGCUACUUGGAUUACGCAGAGAUAGAGACCGGUCUCUCUGCCCUGCAGAUUCCAGCAGAGUAUAAGUAUGCCAAGGAUUUGUUGAAGGUCUGCGACGCGAAUAGGGAUGGGCGGGUUGAUUACCCAGAGUUCAAGAGGUACAUGGAUGAUAAAGAGCUCGAGUUGUACAGGAUUUUUGAAGCAAUUGAUGUGGAACAUAAUGGGUGCAUUUUGCCCGAGGAGCUUUGGGAUGCGCUUGUUAAGGCUGGCAUUCAAAUUGACGAUGAGGAACUUGCACGUUUUGUAGAGCACGUUGAUAAAGAUAAUGAUGGGAUAAUAACCUUUGAGGAAUGGAGAGAUUUUCUUUUGCUAUAUCCACAUGAAGCUACCAUUGAGAACAUAUAUCAUUAUUGGGAAAGGGUCUGUCUUGUAGACAUUGGAGAACAUGCUGUUAUCCCUGAAGGCAUCAGUAAGCAGGUCCAUAGGAGUAAAUAUUUCAUUGCAGGGGGAAUAGCUGGUGCAGCUUCACGCACUGCAACUGCCCCUCUCGAUCGCCUGAAGGUUGUUUUGCAAGUUCAGACAACUCGUGCUUCUCUUGUACCCGCUGUGAAGAAGAUAUGGAUGGAUGAUGGUUUCCGUGGGUUUUUUCGCGGUAAUGGUUUGAAUGUGAUAAAGGUGGCUCCUGAGAGUGCUAUUAAGUUUUAUGCUUAUGAGAUGUUGAAGAAUGCCAUUAGAGACUUCAAAGGGGGGCAGGAUGUCGACAUUGGUGCAUCUGGUAGACUUAUGGCUGGUGGAUUGGCAGGUGCUGUAGCACAGACUGCUGUCUAUCCGAUGGAUCUUGUGAAAACUCGAUUACAAACUCACGCGUGUGACGGUGGAAGGGCACCUAAAUUAGGAACACUAACUAGGGACAUAUGGAUACAUGAAGGGCCUCGAGCCUUCUAUAAGGGUCUCGUCCCAUCACUUCUUGGUAUUGUUCCUUAUGCUGGCAUUGAUCUUGCUGCUUAUGAGACGUUGAAGGAUAUGUCAAAGACUUAUCUUCUACAAGAUAGUGGUAUUUUUACUUUUUUUUUUCUUCUCCCAACAGAACCAGGACCUCUUGUUCAACUGGGGUGUGGUACUGUCUCUGGGGCUGUUGGGGCAACCUGUGUCUACCCGUUGCAGGUCAUCCGGACAAGAAUGCAAGCUCAACAAGCCAAUGCUGCUGCCCCAUAUAAAGGAAUGUCUGAUGUAUUUUUGAGGACACUUCAGAAAGAAGGUUAUAGAGGCUUCUACAAAGGUCUGUUUCCAAAUCUCCUAAAGGUUGUACCUGCUGCAAGCAUAACAUAUAUGGUGUAUGAAGCAAUGAAAAAGAGGCUACAGCUUGAGUAGGAAAGCACCCUCUGCAAGAUGCUAGUAAUGGGUGGUGAUGACGACAAAUAAUACAUGAGAUUAGUAAGUGAAUUAGGAAAUACAAUUGGUUUUUUGGGACUUGCAUAGUUGCAUAAUAGACUGCAAAUUCCAUCCCCGUCAGGUUUAGAGGGGAGCACAUAGUUUUGUUAGAUGAAGAGUUGAUCUCUCAUGAUCCGUAAGGCUUAUCCGAAGCAAGUUUGUCCAGGAUAAUCCCAACUCCCUAGAUGAUUUGAUGAACGCCAGUCAAUUAUUGAUCUAACUUGUUCGAGUUGAUUAUAGGUAUGUCUACAUACCUUUUUGUUAACACUUACCUGUUCCAUGGUACGAGAAACUCUAUUGAGGAUCACGUCCAAUUGUUUCCAUGAUACAGUGGUCAAAUCUGUCAUGAUACAGUGGUCCAAUUGUUUCCAUAAUCGCAGCUGAUUAACUCGUGUUCGUUAAGGGGGG